AUGGCUGCAGAACUCUACGAUGCUGUAUACAAAGGGGAUGUAACAAAAUUUCAUAAACUAGUUGAACAAGAUCCAUAUCUCGUUGAAACUGCUUCAUUUUCAUGUUCAAGAAAUGUUCUUCACAUCGCAACAAUGCGGGGACAGACAGCCAUGGUGGAAGAGGUGCUGAAUAUGAAUCCGUGGCUUGCUCGGAGUUUAGACUCCCAACAAUCAUCGCCUCUGCACAUAGCAGCAGCAGAAGGGCGCUUCGAGAUCUCGAGAAAAUUGUUGGUGGCGCGACUGUCGCGAUAUGAACCCGAGAGUCGUUUGCCUGCAAUGGAGAGGGUGGGUCGCGGGCAGACUGUGUUGCACUUGUGCGUCAAACACGGCAAGCUUGAGACAUUGAAGGUUUUGGUGGGAAAGUUGUGGGAGCUUGUGGAGGCAGUUGAUGAGGAUGGGGAGACCCUAUUGCAUUUGGCUGUUAGAUCCACUCAACUUGAGUCAUAA